CGAAAAGGAUGAGAAAUAGGAGAGGUCAACAGAACAAGAUCAUUUUUGUCGGCCAUGUGAGCGUGAGCAGUACAUCAUGAACAUGAAGCGGGGGCUACUUAUUAAUUUGUCAAAGAAGCUAGAGCUACUCAUUUUGUUAUAAGUAAGGGAAGCUGCCAGGAGUACUUAAAGAAAAAGAAGUAUGAAUAUGUUGAUUCGAACAUCAAGGACAAAAUGGCACUACAAUUACAACUACGCGUAUCACGCUCAUGCGUAUCGUUCCUCUCUCCAUGCUCCUGCCUUCUCUGCACAGUGGCGAUGGGGUAUCUAUAGGCGGAGACGGUGGGAUGCAGUUCGACUGCGUGGCAUCGAUGCUGCAGAAUUCUGGCUUAACAGGCUAUUUCGACAGCCUUUGUAUCCAUUUCUAUAUGUGACUGGAGCAGCGCUUUUGCAAUUGUUCAUCGACGAUAUAGUCGAUGAAUGGACUGAGUUCAAAAGACAUCAGCUGACGCCAAUGUGGAACAACUUUCGAGGGGUCAAAGAAGUGAAAGACAAGGAUGCCAGUACUGCAACUACUAAAUUGAACCAACAGCAACUACUUAAAUCCUCUUCCUUGACGAAGGUAGUUCAGAUAGACGGAGGAACAGAUUCAGAAAAUGGUACCUCAGGUCCUUCUAGGACAACUUCAUCAACAACGAGUGAAAAUGAUCGAGAUCCUGGUGAUGAUAUCUAUGAAAAAAAGUUGGCUCGCCUUGCAGCUUCACCUCCUAUGAAAGUUAUGAAUGAUCAGUCGAAAAAAACCUAA